AUGUCCAAGGCCCUACUUAUCACCGGCGCCACUGGUAGACAGGGCGGAAGCCUCAUUAAUGCCCUUCUGAGCCGACACGCCGACUUUGAAAUAUUGGCCGUGACUCGGUAUACUUCAUCUGCAGGUGCUCAGAAGCUGCUGAAAAAGUCCAAUAAAAUUCUCCUUGUUGAAGGGAAUUUGGACCAGCCAGAAACCAUCUUUAACAAUGCGCGAGAAGUCACUUCGCGGCCUAUCUGGGGAGUGUAUAGUGUACAGGCCCUUGUUCCCGGAGCAUCAAGCCAGGAUGCCGCGGAAGAACGCCAGGGCAAGGCGCUUAUCGAUGUAGCCCUAAAGAACAAUGUCCGCUUCUUCGUCUACUCUUCAGUCGAUCGCGGUGGCGACGCAUCAUCAUAUGACAACCCAACCCCAAUCCCACACUUUAUCAGUAAGUACAACAUCGAGCAUCAUCUCGUCGAAGCUACCAAGGGCACCGAAAUGGCCUGGACCAUCCUCCGUCCCGUGGCCUUCUUCGACAACUUCACGCCUGAUUUCACCGGCAAAGUCUUCACUACGAGCUGGAAAGUUGCGGUCAAGGGGAAGAAGCUACAGAUGGUUGCAACGAGCGACAUUGGGGUCUUUGGUGCACUGGCAUUCCUAAACCCGAACGAAUACCAGGGUAAAUCUAUAUCGCUGGCUGGUGAUGAACUCACGCUUGAUGAGAUGGCGAAGAUUUUCAAACAGCAAAUGGGAUACGAUGUACCCAUGACUUUCGGGUUUGUUGCACGUAUUCUCUUGUGGUUUAUGAAGGAUUUAGGGCUUAUGUUCAAAUGGUUCCAUGAUGUCGGGUAUGGAGCUGAUAUUGGGAAGUUGAAGAAAAUGCAUCCUGAACUGAAGGAUUUUGCUACCUGGCUCAAGAGUGAAAGCCGCUUUUCGUCGUGA